AACAUGCACGAGCUCGCUUGCGUCAGCGGCAUAGCGGCCGCCUACCGUCUUGGUGCCUCGUACCAAAAGUUCGACCACUUUGCCGAGAACUUUUUCAGCAAGUAUCUCCUCCUCUCACAUGGCGUCAUCUUCUCCAGAGAGGAGAAGCGGCGAGGUCAGAACAAGGCUAAAUAGGCGUCACCGAGGCGAGGGGGGUUUAUGUAGCAUUUCCUUGGAUUUUGUGGGCUAAAUGCUUUAGUUCUGUGCAUUUGAUGGACGACCACAUUUCCUGAUUUGACCGUAGGUGACUCUGACGGCAGUGUCAAGCAGAGUACCAGACGGAUAUCAGUAGUAUGCCUGACACCUGUACGAAGGGGCAACUGUCAUGUCCGCAGCCCUAUAAAAUGUAGGCAUCUGACAUUCCAAAGAUUAUGAUAUUACAUAUUACAUCCUUAUGUCCUGCCUGCCCUGCAGUACUGAACCUAUA